AUGUUCUCAAGAGCUCUCAAGGUCGGCCGCGCGGUGCCUCUGCGCGCUGCUCGCGCACCGGUUCCCGUUCUUGCUGCUCGGAGGACUGUCACCACCAAUGCGGCCUCCUCCCACGUUGAACAGAGCGCUAUUCCCAAGUCCGACGAGGAGAAGUUCUCGGUCAACCUAAGCGAUGAGAGCUUCGAGACAUACGAGAUCGACCCUCCGGCGUACUCGAUCGAGGUGAGCAAGAAAGAGCUCAAGGAGAUGUACUACAACAUGGUUGUCAUCCGUCAAAUGGAGAUGGCCGCGGACAGACUGUACAAGGAGAAGAAGAUUCGGGGUUUCUGCCACCUUUCCACCGGUCAGGAGGCCGUCGCUGUCGGUAUCGAGCACGCUAUCAACAAGGACGACGAGCUCAUCACUGCCUACCGAUGCCACGGCUUCGCUCUGAUGCGUGGUGGCACCGUCCGAUCCAUCAUUGGUGAGCUGCUGGGCCGCCGAGAGGGUAUUGCAUACGGCAAGGGUGGCUCCAUGCACAUGUUCACCAAGGGCUUCUACGGAGGUAACGGCAUUGUCGGCGCCCAAGUGCCCGUCGGCGCUGGCCUGGCCUUCGCCCACAAGUACACUGGCAGCAAGAAGGCUGCUGUCAUCCUCUACGGUGACGGUGCCAGCAACCAGGGCCAGGUUUUCGAGGCCUUCAACAUGGCCAAGCUCUGGAGCCUCCCCGCUCUGUUUGGCUGCGAGAACAACAAGUACGGUAUGGGUACGGCCGCGUCCAGGUCUUCUGCGUUGACCGACUACUACAAGCGAGGACAGUACAUCCCUGGUCUCAAGGUCAACGGUAUGGAUGUCCUGGCUGUCAAGGCUGCCGUUAAGUACGGCAAGGAGUGGACUGAGAAUGGCCACGGCCCACUCGUCCUUGAGUAUGUCACCUAUCGGUAUGGUGGUCACUCCAUGUCCGACCCUGGUACCACCUACCGAACCCGCGAGGAGAUCCAACGCAUGCGGUCGACCAACGACCCUAUUGCCGGCCUGAAGCAGAAGAUGCUCGACUGGACCGUGGUUACGGAGGAUGAGCUCAAGGCUAUUGACAAGGAAGCCCGAAACCACGUCAACGAGGAGGUCGCUGCUGCUGAGGCUAUGGCUGCCCCUGAGGCCGUCCCCAAGAUUCUGUUCGAGGACAUCUAUGUCCGCGGGUCGGAGCCCCAGUUCAUUCGAGGCCGGACCCCCGACGAGAACUUCUACUUCAACUAA